UAAUUUUUACUGUAUUGUUUCACAUUGUAUUGUAGAUUUCUCAAAGAAGAUGAAUUUGGCUGAGAUUUGUGAUAAUGCUAAAAAAGGAAGAGAAUAUGCACUUCUUGGAAAUUAUGACUCUUCCAUGGUUUAUUACCAGGGUGUCAUCCAGCAAAUUCAACGGCAUUGUCAGUCGAUCAGAGACCCAACAUUGAAGGGCAAGUGGCAGCAGAUUCGGCAGGAAUUAUUAGAAGAAUUUGAACAAGUAAAGAGCAUUGUCAACACGUUAGAGAGUUUUAAAAUAGACAAGCCUACAGAUAUUCCUGUAUCUUAUCAAGAUGAACAUUUUAGAGAUCCAAUUGUGUGGCCACCUCCGGUUCCAGCUGAACACAGAGUCCCACCUCAGAUAAAACGACCCAAUCGAGAAGUGAAACCUCUGCGGAGAGAAUUGCCAGGAUUACAACGGGGACCUGUGGGCAGAGCUCAACCAAUAUCCAAAAAUGAAAAAUCUGCUAGUAGUCGAGAGAGGGAAUCUAGAGGAAAAGGGAAGGAUGAAAAGGGAAAGAAGAUCCCCCAGGAUGGUGGUGGUGACAGUGAAAUUCAGAAAUUUGAUGGAACAGGAUAUGAUAAAGAUUUGGUUGAAGCUCUUGAGAGAGACAUUGUGUCAAGAAAUCUAAGUAUUCAUUGGGAUGAUAUCGCAGAUUUAGAAGAAGCCAAAAAAUUAUUAAGAGAAGCAGUUGUUCUUCCACUAUGGAUGCCAGAUUUUUUCAAAGGAAUCAGAAGACCUUGGAAAGGAGUGCUUAUGGUUGGCCCUCCUGGGACUGGUAAAACCAUGCUAGCAAAAGCUGUCGCUACAGAAUGUGGAACUACAUUUUUCAAUGUGUCUUCCUCCACGCUCACAUCAAAAUAUCGAGGCGAGUCUGAAAAAUUAGUUCGUUUGCUGUUUGAAAUGGCCAAGUUUUAUGCUCCUACAACCAUUUUCAUUGAUGAAAUAGACUCUAUCUGUAGUCGCAGAGGGACUGUGGAUGAACAUGAGGCAAGCCGCCGAGUCAAGUCAGAGCUGCUGGUUCAGAUGGAUGGUGUAGGUGGAGCUCUGGAGAAUGAUGAUCCUUCAAGAAUGGUGAUGGUGCUUGCUGCUACAAAUUUUCCCUGGGAUAUUGAUGAAGCUUUGAGAAGGAGAUUGGAAAAAAGAAUUUAUAUACCUUUGCCAACAGCAAAAGGCAGAGUGGAGCUGCUUAAGAUUAAUCUCCGGGAAGUUGAACUGGAUCCUGACAUUAGUCUGGAAGAAAUUGCUGAGAAGAUUGAAGGCUACUCUGGUGCUGAUAUCACUAAUGUCUGCAGGGAUGCCUCAUUGAUGGCAAUGAGGCGACGCAUUAAUGGCUUGUCACCGGAAGAGAUCCGAGCCCUCUCCAAAGAAGAGCUUCAGAUGCCUGUCACGAAGGGGGACUUUGACUUGGCUCUGAAGAAAAUCUCCAAAUCAGUUUCAGCCGCAGAUCUGGAGAAGUACGACCAGUGGAUGUCAGAGUUUGGAUCUGCUUAAUCCUGGAGUCUUCUCUUUAUGAAGGAUUUUAGAUUUUU